UAUCUCUGUCACAAAAGGAUGUGGAAAAAUCAAACACUGGUCACAGAAUUUAUCCUUCUGGGAUUUCCCAUCAGGCCAGAGAUACAGAUAUUCCUCUUUCUGCUGUUCACCUUGUUCUAUGCUCUCACUCUUCUCGGGAAUGGCAUCAUCCUGGGACUCAUCUGUCUGGACUCCCAUCUCCAUAUUCCCAUGUACUUCUUCCUCUCACAUCUGGCCAUUGUCGACAUUUCCUAUGCCUCAAACAAUGUACCCAAGAUGCUUGUGAACUUACUGAACAAGGACAGAGCCAUCUCCUUUGCUCCCUGCAUAAUGCAGAUCUUCUUGUAUUUGGCUUUUGCCCAUGUGGAGUGUCUCAUCUUGGUGGUGAUGUCCUAUGAUAGGUAUGUGGCAAUCUGCCAUCCCCUCAGAUAUACUGUCAUCAUGAGCUGGAGAUUGUGUACUACUCUGACCAUCAUUUCCUGGGCAUUCAGCUUCCUCCUUGCCCUGCUCCAUGUGGUCCUCAUUCUGAGGCUGCCCUUCUGUGGACCCAGGGAAGUCAACCACUUUUUCUGUGAGAUCCUGUCUGUGCUCAAACUGGCCUGUGCUGAUACUAGACUUAACCAGCUUGUUAUCUUUACAGCCUGUGUGUUCAUCCUAGUUGGACCUCUCUGUUUAGUCCUGAUCUCCUACAUGCGCAUCCUCUAUGCCAUCCUCAAGAUCCAGUCUGGGGAGGGACGAAAGAAAGCAUUCUCCACCUGCUCCUCCCACCUCUGUGUCGUUGGGCUCUUCUUUGGCAGCGCCAUCAUAAUGUACAUGACCCCCAAUUCCAACCAUCCUGAGGAGCAACAGAAAAUCCUCUCCCUAUUUUAUAGCCUCUUUAACCCUAUGUUGAAUUCCCUGAUCUAUAGCUUGAGGAAUGCAGAGGUGAAGGGUGCUUUGAGGAGAGUGUUGGGGAAGGAAAACCAUUCCCAGAAUAUGUGA